AAACUUAUACAAGCUAGCUGACAUGUUCAUGUGUUUUUACACAGCAGCCCACAGGCAAACAUGCUUCCAAGCAUCAGAACAUGCUUGUGCCUGAAUACUGUCUCUACCAUCUGCACAUAAGGCACCCAAGAAAUCUGGGUUUGUGGGGGUGUCCAGGUAUGUGGGUGGGGAUCUGAUCUUUUUCUGAUGCAGCUUCAAAGUGUCUUGUUAACAAAGGGACAGAAUGGUCCCAGGGUUCCUUCUACUUCCUUCCAGUUAAGAGCUCAGAGUGGAAGUGGGCUGGGAAUGGUGUCGGGGGCCCAAGCUCCCAGCUCCCAAAGGCCCCUGCUUCUAUGCCCUUUGAGCUCAGGUAGCCCCUGCCCCCCUUACUCUCUGUUCUUUCUCAUCCUCUCCUCUUCCUGUGUGUAAAUAUUAAAGAGCUGAGCCUGCAGGGCUGAUGUAGACAUGGGGAGAGAAUGAAAUUAAAAAGGAUUCCCUCGCCCCCAUCUCGACACCCCCGCCCCGCAGUCCCUCGCUCCUGCUUCUUCCCCUCUCCCCUCUCCCCUCCCCUCACUCUGUGCUUCCACAUGUCUCUCCUCCCCCCAGUCCAGAUGGGAGCUGGCUCCUUCAGAAAGGGGGCUCAGAACAGGGUGUGGGGAGCUACCUCUCUCUGCCUCCCCCCACCACAUCUGUCUGCAGGGCUGGGAGCCCCCACGAUUCAGUGGUCCUGAGCCUUCUGAAGUUAGGAUUCUGCCUGGUGGUGGGGAUCCUGACAUCAAGGAUGGGACACCUUGGAUGGAGGUUCCUGGGGCCUGGCCCCCAAGACUAUGAAGAGCCUUUGCUGAGGCCAUGAGGGGUUACCAUGGCGACCGAGGCAGCCAUCCCCGCCCAGCCCGCUUUGCUGACCAACAGCAUAUGGACGUGGGCCCUGCUGCCAGGGCCCCAUACCUGCUGGGCUCCAGGGAGGCCUUCUCCACCGAGCCCCGCUUCUGUGCCCCGAGAGCUGGCCUGGGACACAUUUCUCCUGAAGGGCCCCUGAGCCUGAGUGAGGGGCCGUCGGUAGGCCCUGAGGGAGGGCCAGCGGGGGCCGGGGUUGGGGGGGGUAGCAGCACCUUCCCCAGGAUGUACCCUGGCCAGGGCCCCUUCGACACCUGUGAAGACUGUGUGGGCCACCCACAGGGCAAGGGUGCCCCCCGCCUGCCUCCUACACUCCUGGAUCAGUUUGAAAAGCAGUUGCCAGUUCAACAAGAUGGCUUCCACACACUACCGUACCAGCGAGGGCCAGCAGGGGCAGGGCCCGGGCCAGCGCCAGGGACUGGCACUGCCCCAGAGCCCCGCAGCGAGAGCCCUAGCCGCAUCCGGCACCUGGUUCAUUCUGUGCAGAAGCUCUUUGCCAAGUCCCACUCUCUGGAGGCGCCGGGGAAGCGGGACUAUAAUGGGCCCAAGGCUGAGGGAAGAGGUGGCUCUGGAGGAGACAGCUACCCUGGCCCGGGCUCCGGGGGCCCCCACACCUCCCAUCACCACCAUCACCACCACCAUCACCACCACCACCAGUCCCGGCACGGCAAGAGGAGCAAGAGCAAGGACCGCAAGGGGGAUGGGCGGCACCAGGCCAAGUCCACAGGCUGGUGGAGCUCCGAUGACAACUUGGACAGUGAUAGCGGCUUCCUGGCGGGUGGGAGGCCCCCUGGGGAGCCUGGUGGUCCCUUCUGCCUGGAGGGUCCAGAUGGGUCCUACCGGGACUUGAGCUUCAAGGGGCGCUCGGGCGGGUCGGAAGGCCGCUGCCUUGCCUGCACUGGCAUGUCCAUGUCGCUGGAUGGACAGUCGGUCAAGCGAAGUGCCUGGCAUACCAUGAUGGUCAGCCAGGGCCGGGAUGGAUACCCGGGGGCCGGGCCAGGCAAGGGGCUCCUGGGUCCCGAGACCAAGGCCAAAGCCAGGACUUAUCACUAUCUGCAGGUGCCGCAAGAUGACUGGGGGGGUUACCCCACUGGUGGAAAGGAUGGGGAGAUCCCCUGCCGUAGGAUGCGGAGCGGCAGCUACAUCAAAGCCAUGGGGGAUGAGGAGAGCGGAGACUCAGACGGCAGCCCCAAGACAUCACCCAAAGCAGUCGCCCGACGCUUCACCACCCGUCGCUCCUCCAGUGUGGACCAGGCCAGGAUCAACUGCUGUGUCCCACCCCGGAUCCACCCCCGGAGCUCCAUCCCUGGCUACAGCCGUUCCCUCACCACUGGACAGCUCAGCGAUGAGUUGAACCAGCAGCUGGAGGCCGUGUGCGGGUCGGUGUUUGGGGAGCUGGAGUCCCAGGCCGUGGACGCCCUGGACCUGCCCGGCUGUUUCCGCAUGCGGAGCCACAGCUACCUCCGGGCCAUCCAGGCCGGCUGCUCUCAAGACGACGACUGCCUGCCCCUCCUCGCUACCCCUGCCGCUGUCUCAGGGAGGCCCGGCUCCUCCUUCAACUUCAGAAAGGCCCCGCCCCCCAUCCCGCCGGGAAGCCAGGCCCCGCCCCGCAUCUCCAUCACCGCCCAGAGCAGCACCGACUCCGCGCACGAGAGCUUCACGGCGGCCGAGGGCCCCGCCCGGCGCUGCAGCUCCGCCGACGGGCUGGACGGCCCCGCCAUGGGUGCGCGCACACUGGAGUUGGCGCCGGUGCCUCCCCGGGCCAGCCCCAAGCCCCCCACACUCAUCAUCAAGACCAUCCCUGGCAGGGAGGAGCUGCGGAGCCUGGCGCGGCAGCGGAAGUGGCGGCCGUCCAUUGGGGUGCAGGUGGAGACGAUCUCAGAUUCGGACACCGAGAACAGGAGCCGGAGGGAGUUCCACUCCAUCGGCGUGCAGGUGGAAGAGGACAAGAGGCGAGCAAGGUUCAAGCGCUCCAACAGUGUGACGGCUGGCGUGCAGGCAGACCUGGAGCUGGAGGGCCUGGCAGGCCUGGCCACGGUGGCCACAGAAGACAAGGCCCUGCAGUUUGGACGCUCCUUCCAGAGGCAUGCCUCUGAGCCCCAGCCUGGGCCCCGGGCCCCCACCUACUCAGUCUUCCGCACGGUCCACACGCAGGGCCAGUGGGCCUACCGCGAGGGCUACCCACUGCCGUACGAGCCGCCGGCCACCGAUGGGUCGCCCGGCCCUGCCCCCGCCCCCACCCCCGGCCCCGGGGCCGGCCGCCGUGACUCCUGGAUAGAGCGCGGUUCACGUAGUCUCCCCGACUCAGGCCGCGCGUCCCCCUGCCCACGGGACGGCGAGUGGUUCAUCAAGAUGCUGCGGGCAGAGGUGGAGAAGCUGGAGCACUGGUGCCAGCAGAUGGAGCGUGAGGCGGAGGACUAUGAGCUACCCGAGGAGAUCCUGGAGAAGAUCCGCAGUGCUGUGGGCAGCACACAACUUCUCCUGUCCCAGAAGGUUCAGCAGUUCUUCCGGCUGUGUCAGCAAAGCAUGGAUCCCACUGCGUUCCCUGUGCCCACCUUCCAGGACCUGGCGGGUUUCUGGGACCUCCUACAGCUCUCCAUCGAGGAUGUGACCCUCAAGUUCCUGGAGCUACAGCAACUCAAGGCCAACAGCUGGAAACUCCUGGAGCCUAAGGAGGAGAAGAAGGUCCCUCCGCCGAUACCAAAGAAGCCCCUGCGGGGCCGGGGCGUGCCGGUGAAGGAGCGCUCCCUGGACUCCGUGGACCGGCAGCGGCAGGAAGCGCGCAAGCGGCUCCUGGCGGCCAAGCGCGCCGCUUCCUUCCGCCACAGCUCGGCCACCGAGAGCGCCGACAGCAUAGAGAUCUACAUCCCCGAGGCCCAGACCAGGCUGUGACCGGUCCGGCCCGCCCAGCCCGGCCCGGGCCCGCGGUUCUCCACCCGUACUGUACACCCAGCGUCGAGGUCACUGUGAACGCGGGCCGCCCCGUGCGCCCGCCCCACCGGCACCGCACGCCCCGGCCCCCGGGCCCGUCACACUCUCGUGGGUUUUUUACCUUCCUGAUCCCACGCGAAGGCGCCCGGGCUGGGCAGGGGGCCGUGCCUCUCCGCCCUGUGCCCCUCACCUGGAUCCCCCGCCCACCUGGUCCGACGCUUUGUCCCCACCUCCUCCCCAUGGGCACCAUCUCUGCCAUUCUUUCCCCCCACGGGCCAGGCCGGGCCGGGUCCCUCAUCUGGGCUCUGCGUCCCCCCCCCCCCACCCCGCGGGGCUGGGCUUCGUGGGGAUCAAGCUUCGUGGCUUUUUAUGAAGAAUCCCGAACCCUGCCUAGGAGCCCGCCCCACCCUCCGAGGGGCUCCAUCCUCAGCCCUCUGCCCACUGGGCCCAGGGACCACAGUGGCUGGACCAACCCAGGACCAGGGCGCCUGGGCCUCUCCCCUUUCCCAGCGGCUGGGGAGGGGAGAUGGGGGCUUCCCUUCACCACACCUGUGGCUGUUCCCACAUCCCCUUGAAUAUCCCAGGAAAAAUAAAACGGCAGAACUGCA